CUCCGCUCGCUAUCGACUCAGCGAAACAAAGUGCGGUAGCAGCGAUCGGCUCGCGACGGAGAAGGAAUCUCCGCCUCGAGAUCGAGUGAUGGCAUCGCCCAUUCAUAGGAUUGGAUUUCAGUCGCAUCGAGUGAUGAUCAGGAAGAAUGAAAGGGAAGGGGAGGCAGAAGAAGAAGGAAAGAGGGUGGUGCUGACGGCGCCGCUGGCUCUGGAAGGAGGCCUGGCGGCGGAGCACCGGCCGCCUAACUUCCUCCAACAACUGCUCGGGCUCUUCUGCAACGUACGGCCAGGAUCCGAUCUCAGCCGCUUCCAGCUACCAUCUCUCUUCAACAUGCCCAAGUCACAACUCCAAUGCUAUGGAGAAAUGGUUUACUGCUACAAUGAGGACUACUUGUGUAAGUGUGCCCAAGGACAGAGCAAGCUUAAUAGGUUUAUUUCAGUGGUUGCUUGGAGCAUAUCAACCACAAGACCUGCAAUAUUUGGCCAGGCUCCUUACAAUCCCAUUUUAGGAGAAACUCAUCAUGUUUCUAGAGGAUCCCUUAAUGUCCUCCUUGAGCAGGUCUCUCAUCACCCUCCAGUGACUGCUCUCCAUGCAACCGAUACAAAUCUUAAUAUAGAACUGAAUUGGUGCCACAGCGUUGUUCCCAGGUUCCAUGGUACCAGUGUUGAAGCUGCAAUCAAAGGAAAGAGGCAGCUGAAGCUUUUGACGUUCGGGGAGAACUACGAAAUGGAUUCACCAAACUUGAUGAUAAAACUAAUUCCCCCAACUGGUGCUGACUGGAUUGGGAAUGUUAGAAUCAGGUGCAAAGAUUCUGAACUGGAGGCAGAUCUCUGCUACUACAAGAGCCAUAGGUUCCUUGGGUUUGGUGGUAGUUCUCGAUUUGUCAAGGGAACAAUCUCCCACUCAAACACAUCGAAAACAAUCUAUCAAAUAGAGGGCGAGUGGGACCGAGUCGUCGAGUUGAAAGAUGUCCACAGCGGAGAGGUUAUGGUUUUGUAUGAUGCCAAGAAAGCCAUCUCUCAACUAAACACUCCUGUGUUGGGGGUUCCACAGAAGGUGUGGAACACGGAGUCGACCAAGGUAUGGGGUGAAUUAAGCCAAGCUAUUUUGAGCAAGGAUUGGGGAAAAGCUUCAGAGAUAAAGAGAAGAAUAGAAGAGCAUGAGAGGAAGAAACAAAGAGAAAGGUUAUCAAAUGGGAAAGUUUGGAUUCCCAAACAUUUCUCAGUGCCUCACUCCAUGGCGGGCAACAAUAAUGAGUGGGAAUGCUCUCCAUUAGAGCCAUUAGUUCCACCAGCUCCAAUCAUUCUUCCCCUACAAACCAUGGGGAUGUAAUUACUGAUUACAACGUGGACAAACCUUAUGUGUUUAUUGUCAUCCUUAUAUGUGUUUAUUGUCAACUUAAGAAAAGUUGACGUUAUUAUCA